CCUGUUGCUGUGUACACCAUUUGCAGUAUCUAUGUGUUACUGCCUGAAACUGUGAAUAGAAGAAGCGCAGACUGACUGCAGUGUUAUCUGGACAGGAGCAAUUCAGGAAGGGUAUGGCUUCUACAAUCAGCCUCCUCUCUGAGAAGCACUUCUUGUGCUCUCUGUGUAAAGACAUCUUCACCAGCCCAGUGACCACACCAUGUGGACACAGCUUCUGUCUGUCCUGUCUCUGCAACUACUGGGCACGACACCAGACCAAAUACUGUCCCAACUGUAAGAGAGUAUUUACUGACAGGCCUGACCUCAGUGUCAACCGCAUUCUGUCAGAUGUCGCAGACAACUACAGGAAGACUCGACCACAGAAACCAUCUGAUGAGGACAUGGUUAUAGAUGUUGAGCAAAUGAUUCAGGAGAGGCUGCAGAAGAUAGAAAGGUUGAAAUAUUCCCUUGAGCUCCAAAAGAACUCUUACCUUAAAGAGGUGCGAGAGAGUCAGAAGGUUUUCUCUGCCCUCGUAAAUGCCAUGGAGAAGAGGCACAAAGCGGUCAUUGCAGUGAUUGAGGAGAGACAGAGUGAGGAGGAGAGGAGAGUGGAAAUACUGGUGGGAGAGCUGGAACAGGAGAUCCGGGAACUGAGGAAAGAGACCACUGAAUCCGAUCCUCAGAUUCCUGUAAACAGUGAUCGAAGUGGUGAAACGAAGCAAGUUAUUAUGAGCACCGUUUCCACAAUGUGCCUCACUGAGAUGAAGGACUGGUCCAAGGUUAUGAUAGAAACUGACCCUUGUGUUGGGGAGACGAGACGAGCCCUGUCGGACAUGCUGGAAAAGAUAAAGGUAGAAGUCAACAGACUCUCCAAAUCUGAACUUAAGAGAAUUGAGAAAUACACAGUGGAUGUGAAUCUGAGUGCGAAGACAGCCCACCCCUUCCUCUCUGUUUCAGACGACAGAAAACGGGUGAGACACACGGACAAGCUUCAGGAGGUACCAGAUAACCCUAAGCGGUUUGACCGUGUGCCAAACGUGCUGGCCAAAGAAAGCUUCAGCAGUGGGAGGUUCUACUGGGAGGUGGAGGUCGGAGAGAAGAUUGAGUGGAACCUGGGUGUUGUCAGACAGUCCAUAAACAGGAAGGGCAAGUUUACUGUCUGUCCUGCAAAUGGUUUCUGGACUUUAAGCCUGAAGGCUGGUGGCCAGUACAUUGCCAACACCACUCCUGUCACCCCCUUGGCUCUAGAGCACAGACCCAGGAAGGUGGGUGUGUUUUUGGACUACACAGAAGGCCGAGUGUCAUUCUUCUGCGCAGAAUCUGGUGUCCACAUUCACACCUUCAUCGAUACAUUUACUGACAAGCUCAGCCCAUUCUUCAGUCCUGGCCGACUUCAUGGAGGCAAAAAUCCCGCUCCUCUAACCAUCUGUUCUAGUUUCUGCAGUAUCUAAACGUCAUA